AUCACUGCAAAACGCCUGAUAUGUGUGUGGCUCCGCGGAGGGCUCGUUCCGACACACCUCGCAAGUUAGUGCCAGUCCACCACCGCCGACCACUGUGCAUGUGCGAGGCCUGUGUAAACUAAGUUGUCCACCUGACCGGCACAAGGAGGAUUAAUCUUAAGGUGAACCUGAGCGGUCGUCACUCGAGGGGCUCCAUCGCACUUGGAUCAGUUCUCUGUCCCGGGUUCGGACUGCCUAGUCUAUGGCGCUGAUGGACAAACACAAACAGGUCAAGCGGCAGAGACUUGACCGCAUUUGUGAGGGUAUCCGACCCCCUAUCCUGAACGGGCCAAUGCACCCGCGGCCCCUGGUAGCCCUGCUGGAUGGACGUGACUGCACUGUGGAAAUGCCCAUCCUCAAAGAUGUGGCCACAGUGGCCUUCUGCGAUGCCCAGUCCACACAAGAGAUUCAUGAGAAGGUGCUAAAUGAGGCAGUGGCCGCUCUGCUGUACCAUACCAUCACUCUCUCCAGAGACGAUUUGGAAAAGUUUAAAGGCCUACGUGUAAUUGUCCGGAUCGGCUCAGGCUUCGACAACGUUGACAUCAAAGCAGCUGCUGAGCUAGGCAUUGCUGUCUGCAACGUGCCAGCUUCCUCAGUGGAGGAGACGGCCGACACCUCACUAUGUCUGAUCCUGAACCUGUACAGGCGAGUCACCUGGAUGCACCAGGCCCUCAGGGAGGGAACCCGGGCCUCCAGUGUGGAGCAGAUCAGGGAGGUGGCUGGUGGAGCUGCUCGUAUCCGGGGAGAAACAUUGGGCAUUAUUGGCUUGGGGCGUGUUGGCCAAGCAGUGGCUCUGCGGGCCAAGGCCUUUGGCUUUGGCGUGAUAUUCUAUGACCCCUACCUGCCUGAUGGCGUGGAGCGUUCACUAGGCCUGCAACGCAUGGCCACCCUGCAGGACCUGCUCAUCCACUCGGACUGUGUCUCUCUGCACUGCAGCCUCAACGAGCACAACCACCACCUCAUUAAUGACUUCACCAUCAAACAGAUGCGUCAGGGAGCCUUCUUGGUGAACACGUCCAGAGGCGGCCUGGUUGACGAGAAAGCACUGACGCAGGCCCUGAAGGAGGGCCGGAUACGAGGGGCCGCUCUGGAUGUCCACGAGACAGAACCAUUCAGUUUUUCAACAGGGCCUCUGAAGGAUGCUCCCAACCUGAUCUGUACUCCACACACAUCCUGGUACAGCGAGCAGGCCUCGGUGGAGGCUCGCGAGGAGGCAGCCAGGGAAGUGCGGCGCGCCAUCACUGGGCGCAUCCCUGACAGUCUGAAGAACUGUGUGAAUAAGGAAUACCUGAUGGCCGCCUCUCAGUCUCAGUGGCCCAACAUGGAGGCAGCCACUGUCCACCCAGAGCUUAAUGGAGCCACUUACAGAUUUCCUCCAGGUCUGAUCAAUGUUGCAGCAGCAGGGGGUCUCCCGGGGGCGGGCACAGGGGUUGAGAGCCUGGUGACAGGAACCCUGCAGCAUGGCAUCGCCCCUGUUUCUCACCCUCCUCAUGCCCCCUCCCCAGGGCAGCCUACCAAGGCUGAAGCCGACAGAGACAUCCCCUCUGACCAAUAGCCCCUCCUGCCACCGCCAGCACAUUCCGUCACCUCUGGAACCCCACCCCCCCC